AUUACUUUAUAUCUACGUCGAGGUUGAGACGACGUAAAUAAUUUUCCUUUCCAAUAAUGUUGGCUCUUUGUUAUUUUAGUAUUUCAACACUGAUUAUUUCGAUUUACCUUAUUGAUUUUUCAAUUUUACAACAAUUGGACAAAAUGACCAGAAACUGUGAAUCGAAGUGCAAAGGUAACGACUGUCAAUCAAACUGCCACGGAAGCAUGGCGACAGCAAUGGCAGUUGGUUUUAACUCUACCGCUGUGACGUAUGGCGAUCUUUCGACUGUUGAGUGUUAUGGACCAUUUUGUCAAUCGAUCUGCAAUGGCGUUCUUAAUAUAUGCAUGUCGAAGUGUUUUGGACGGGUUUGCCAUUCGCAGUGUAAGGCUUCAUCAUGUUUGACUUUGGGCAGUGGAAUUUCAGCCGUGGCCACGUGUGACGGAGCGAAAUGUCGAUCGAACUGCACCGGUGACUUUUGCGUUUCACGUUGUUAUGGAACAGGCUGUAUUUCAGAGUGUCACGCCAAAAAAUGCGAAUCGCAUUGCCAUGGGUCGGCUUGUGUUUCUAUGUGCUCAGGAUAUAAUUGUCACAAGAGCGUGAAUUAAUAAAUAAUAUAGGAUCGUAUGUAUAGAAAAAUGUAUUACCACAUGUAUAAA